UGGAAGCAUUAUAGCCUGCAACUUGCAUGCCACAGUCUAUGACACACAUGCUUCAUACUGAAAAACAUGCAUAAAAUUGUUUUCAAAUAUGUUGGAAAGAAAUAAUGUAAAAGGGUUUAGGGCUCAGAUCAUCCACAACAGGAUAACUCCAAAAUCAGGAGAGAGUAGGAUUAAAAGAUGAAAAUUGAAAACCCACUAAGCUGGCGAGAAAAAGGAAAUCCGGUGGGGGGUGGGGAGGAAUCUUAGGACAUCCCUGUGGCCUGAGCCUUUUGAUUGGUAGCCUAAGAAGUUCAGAAUUAGAACAACCCAUUUUAACAGCUAUGUAUACAAACUUACAUGAAUGCAAUUAGUAGGUAGUUUCCACUUCCGGAGUAAUUUUACUACUUCCGAGGAGAACUUACAACCACAAUUCAUUGUGGUCCCCUCCAACUUUGUCCCUUCCUGUAAAAUUAUGUAGAGGAAGUUACCCUCCAGAUUGCGUCCAUCCCCGAUUUUCUUCCGGGUAGCAAGAAAGGACGGUGAGAAUUCAAGAACGCUUUCACUUUUUUCCCUACUUUUCCGCGCGAAUCACGCAGGCGGGGUGUGCUUUUCGUUCUCAUUUAUCUUUCUGUCCUGAAGAACAAAUGUCCGGACUGGUCAAUUUCGAAGACGAAGAGGAGGUGAAAGUUUAUUUGGAAAAUCUGGGAAUAGAAUAUAGUUUCCAAUGCUACAAAGAGCACGAUCCUGACGGUUGCCAUCGUUUAGCUGAUUAUCUAGCUGGAAUAAAGGGCAGCUUUGAAGGAGCUGCAAAAGUUCUAAAAGAGAACUGUGAAAAUAAUCUGCACAGUGAGAGCUGCUACAAACUUGGAAAUUACUAUUUGACUGGAAAAGGCGGGCUUCCAAGAGAUGCGAAAACUGCUUACCAAUGUUUUUUGAAAUCUUGUGAAAAAGGUGGGAAGAAAUCCAUCAAUGCUUGUCACAGUGCUGGAUUACUGCUACAAGAUGGACAAGUAAAUAAUGAUGAGAAGCCUAAUGUCCCUUUAGCCAGGGACUAUUAUAGUAAAGCUUGUGACAAUGAUUUCCCCCCCAGCUGUUUCAAUCUAAGUACUAUUUAUCUUCAAGGAGCUCCUGGGAUAUCAAAGGAUAUGAAUCAAGCAUUGCACUAUUCUCUAAAAGCAUGUGACUUAGGACAUAUAUGGGCAUGUGCCAAUGCUAGCCGAAUGUACAAAUUGGGGGAUGGAGUUGAGAAGAAUGAUGCCAAGGCUGAAACCUUAAAGAACAGAGCAGAAACCUUAUACAAAGAACAGAACACAGCUGUAAAUACUUUAACAUUUGGACAGUAAGCCUAAACAAAACUAGUUUGUAAAAAUAUACUUGUUAAAUAGGGCAGGUAUUUAAUCUAGAUGUAUUCUCUUGAAUGUUCAAAACUUGUAAAUGAAAUUUUGUAUAAUUUAUUAUAUAAGGUAAUAAAAUAACUGGAUUUUA